UUGAUAUCGCGUGGUAUCAGGUACAAUUGGAUGUUUACUGUUUACCUAAUGUAACCGGAAAUGAUGAUGAAUUAUUUCAAAUCGCAGUCGGGGGAACAAGUGGUCAACCCUCGGCAGAACAAAAGUGGAUGACGACACAGCACGGCAGUACUUUCCACCCCUGUUUUGCGCUCGUUUGCCGUUGCAAAGCCUAUGAGUCCAGGCCUAAGAAAGUCCAUUUGAUCCGUAAUACAGAGCAAUGUGACACGGUCAAUACCUUGAUGCCCGCCUCGGUCCGUCUCGCAUUUCACAUGUCCUCGUACGUCAAGUGGAGGGCUUGCAGCACAGCCCCUGUGGCCGCGAGAGGAGUGAGCAGGCCAAUUCACCUGCCCUUUCCUGCCCGCCGCGCUGGGAUUUGUAUCUUCGCUACCCCACUACUACGACCUCAACCAACUUCACCAUCACCCGAUCCUCAGUACAUACCCUUUCACAGAUCCACACCCAACUCUCCAACACGAGCAGACUUUGCAACCAUGGCUUCCGCGACCUCGUUCUUCGAAUUUUCCCCCAAGGACAAGAAGGGUAACGCAUACUCCCUUGCCGACCUCAAAGGCAAAGUCGUCCUUGUCGUCAACACGGCUUCCAAGUGCGGCUUCACGCCCCAAUUUGCUGGCCUCGAAAAACUAUACCAGGACCUCAAGGCCAAGCACCCCAAAGAUUUCGAGAUUCUUGGUUUUCCUUGCAACCAGUUUGGCGGACAAGACCCGGGUUCCAACGAUGAGAUCCAGAACUUCUGCCAGGUCAACUACGGUGUUACCUUCCCCGUACUCGGCAAGGUCGAUGUCAACGGCGACAAGGCGGACCCGGCGUUUGAGUGGCUCAAGAACGAGAAGCCUGGCUUGAUGGGCUUGAAGAGGGUGAAGUGGAACUUUGAGAAGUUCUUGGUGGGCAGAGAUGGCAAGGUCAUUGCGCGAUGGGCUAGCACAUCGAAGCCGGAGAGUUUGAAGGCAGAUAUUGAGAAGGCUUUGGCAGCCAAGUGA